AUGGUUCAAAUAUCCGAGGUCAAAGAGUCGGGAAGCAGAGAGUCCAGAACUGCCGCGCAUACCCACAUUAACGGUCUAGGGUUGGACGAAUACGGAGCUGCCAAGAAAGUUGAUGGUGGUUUUGUAGGCCAAGCUGAAGCUAGAGAAGCUUGUGGUGUUAUUGUGGACCUUAUCAAGUACCGCAAGAUGAGCGGAAAGGCUAUUCUACUUGCAGGUGGCCCCGGUACUGGUAAGACAGCUUUGGCAUUAGCCGUCUCACAGGAACUAGGCCCUAAGGUUCCAUUCUGCCCUAUUGUAGGAAGUGAACUUUUCUCAGCGGAAGUGAAAAAGACAGAAGCAUUGAUGGAGAACUUCAGACGAGCCAUUGGUUUGAGAAUCAAAGAGAUUAAAGAAGUAUAUGAGGGCGAAGUCACGGAAUUAACGCCCGAAGAAAGUGAAAAUCCACUAGGAGGUUACGGUAAGACGAUCUCCCAUGUCAUCGUGGGUCUUAAGAGUGCAAAGGGAACCAAGCAGCUUAGAUUGGAUCCAAGUAUCUACGAAGCUAUUCAAAAGGAACGUGUGUCUGUAGGAGAUGUCAUUUAUAUUGAGGCUAAUACUGGUGGUAUCAAAAGAGUUGGACGUUCGGAUGCUUACGCUACCGAGUUUGACUUGGAAGCUGAAGAAUACGUACCACUACCCAAGGGCGACGUUCACAAGAAAAAAGAGAUCGUACAAGAUGUCACCUUACACGAUUUGGACAUGGCCAAUGCCAAACCCCAGGGUGGACAAGAUGUACUCUCUAUGAUGGGCCAACUACUGAAGCCCCGUAAGACAGAGAUCACUGAUAAACUACGUCAAGAAGUCAACAAAGUUGUUUCCAAAUACAUUAGUCAAGGUAUUGCCGAACUGGUUCCAGGUGUGUUAUUCAUUGAUGAAGUGAACAUGUUAGAUAUUGAAUGCUUCACUUAUUUGAAUCGUGCCUUGGAAAGUAAGAUAGCUCCCAUAGUGAUUCUAGCUUCCAACAGAGGAAAGACCACUGUGCGAGGCACCGACGACGUCAAGGCACCUCAUGGGAUUCCACCAGACCUUGUUGACAGAUUAUUGAUUGUACGAACUUUACCUUACAACAAAGAGGAAAUACAAACUAUUAUAUUCAAAAGGGCCAAGAUAGAGGGAUUGAAUAUCAAUGAGCAGGCUCUGGAUCGUGUUGCUACUAUCGGAAGCGAAAAGUCUCUGCGUUACGGCUUACAGUUAUUGACACCAGCUGGAAUCUUAGCCACCACUUCAGGACGUACUGAAAUCCUUCCUGAAGAUAUUGAUGAGUGUCUAGACUUAUUUCUAGAUGGGAAGAGAUCUACCAAGAUAUUGGAGCAAAGUGAGUCUUAUUUGUAG